AUGGAUUGGUAUGAAAAUCUACAAGACACCCAGGGUGACACCCUGGGUUUGAUUCCCAAACACCAAGGGGUGAAAGGUCAGCUAGCAGCAGUGGACCACGGAAUGAAGAUACCGAAGGCCAACCGUUGGAAUUUGCAGCGUCCCACGAUGCCGCAGGAGCCGAUGAGACCCCAGACGCGAACCCCGACGCGAACGCGGAUGGAGAUCCAGAUGCACAGCGACGACGUGGCUGGCGGAUAG